CGUCUUUUAAGUAAAAUCGAAGCUUUCCGAUUUCGAGCUUGUUCGUCUAGUUUAUAAUGAAGUGUUUAAUAAAUAUUUAUAAUUUGAAUUUUAUUACUUAAACUUAUAACGGCUUAUAUUUAACAGUGUCAGUGAUAUUGUGAAUGCACAUUAAGUUAUGUAUUUGUCGUUGAACCGUCAAUGUUAACGGUAAACUUGUGCGAAUAUCGUUAAUUUAACUAAGUUCGUGACAGUGUUUACGUCGUCGGGAUGUUACAAAGUAUUUAGUAACUUGGAAGAUUUACAGAAGCGGCUUGGCGCGGCGUAGCGGGCGGGCCGCGCCAUGGGUAACAAGUGCUGCAGCCGCCGUCACGACCCCGACAGACCCUUAGUAUAUCCAGCAUAUAAGAAGAACGAAGCAGGGUUUACAACAUGUCCUUCGCUAGAGACGAGGUAUACGGGCGAACCAAACAACCGCGCUGUUUCGCGCAGACCAGCGGACAUCGUGCGCACGCGCAACCCCGGAGCAUGUAUAACAAACGGCGGACGUCGUGUAGUAAAAGCGCUAUGUGCCUACACAGCUCGCGCGGAGUCCGACAUAUCGUUUCGCAAAGGAGACCGUAUGGAGGUCCUGAGCGAUGCAGAAACGGAUUGGUGGAGGGUUUUACAUCUUACCACGAGAAGAGAAGGUCUCGUACCGGCUAAUUUUGUCGCGGAGGAGAGUUCUGUAGAAUGCGAGGAUUGGUUCUUCCCGCACGUGUCGAGAAAAGAAGCUGAUAAACUACUACUAGCAGAGAUCAAUCCUCGGGGAACGUUCCUCGUCAGACCAGCAGAGCAUAACCCACAUGGGUUCAGCCUUAGUGUCAAAGAUUGGGAAGAAGGAAGAGGGUACCACGUGAAGCACUAUAAAAUUAAACCUCUAGACAAUGGGGGUUUCUACAUAGCAACCAAUCAGACCUUCCCGAGUUUGCCAGCACUGGUCAUGUCUUAUACAAAAAACGCGCUAGGUCUUUGCCACGUGCUCGCCCGUCCUUGUCCGAAACCAGAACCGCAGAUGUGGGACCUCGGACCAGAGCUGCGGGAUAAAUGGGAAAUUCCCAGGAGUCAGAUACAGCUCAUAAAGAAACUUGGGCAGGGGAAUUUCGGUGAAGUGUAUUACGGAAAAUGGUGCAACAAUAUUGAGGUGGCUGUAAAAACAUUGAGGGAAGGCACGAUGUCCAAACAGGCCUUCCUCCAAGAGGCGGCCAUCAUGAAGAAGUUCCGUCACAAACGCCUCGUAGCACUGUAUGCGGUGUGCUCGCAGCAGGAGCCCGUUUACAUCGUCCAGGAAUACAUGUGCAAGGGCUCCCUUCUGGAAUUCCUAAGAAAUGGAGAAGGAAAGUCCCUCCAUUUCGAGGACUUAAUCUAUAUUGCGGCUCAAGUUGCGUCCGGCAUGGAGUACCUAGAAUCCAAACUGCUGAUACACAGAGAUUUAGCGGCCAGGAACGUAUUAAUAGGUGAAAAUAACGUAGCGAAAAUAUGUGACUUUGGAUUAGCUAGAGUUAUCGAAGAUAAUGAAUAUUGCCCGAAACAAGGAUCCCGGUUUCCUGUGAAAUGGACGGCACCAGAGGCGAUAAUAUACGGACGUUUCUCAAUUAAAAGCGACGUUUGGUCGUAUGGUAUAUUGUUGAUGGAGGUGUUCACCUAUGGACAGAUACCGUACCCGGGUCUCCAUGGAAAAGAAGUAAUUGAGCAAGUGGAGCGCGGGUACAGGAUGCCGAAACCGGUCGGUCACUAUUUGCCCGACGACAUCUAUAGACUGAUGCUUCAAUGUUGGGACGCGAUACCAGAAAAGCGACCGACAUUCGAAUUCCUCAACCAUUAUUUCGAAUCGUUCACAGUGACCAGUGAAAUACCGUACAGAGAAGUGCAAGACUAGUGCUGUGAUAUAGUGAAAUAGAUUUUUUACGACUUCCAGUCUGGACGCUGCGACUGUAACGCUGUGCGUUUAAGUGAUAGUGAUGGGCCGUUCAAAACAUUUGUUAUUUUAAUAAUGUAGACGAAAUAAUCGCUGAACGUUUGUUUUGCUUUUUGAAGUGAUUUAAAGCUGCUGCGUUGCGACUAAACGACUAUAUCACAUGUAUAAUCAAACACGGUUAGUUAUUUGUAAAAAUUACAUACUAAACUGAGAAUUAUAUAACAUUUAAUGGUCCAACUGAGCAUUGUUGUGUGUUUGAACAGCGUGAGAUAAUUUUGUGUAGGGUCCUUAGCGAAUAAAUGAAAUUAUGAAAAGUGUGUGUGAUAUGCAAAUUUAAGCGACAAAACAUUUGACGUCUUAUACUUCAAUAUUUUGAUAAGUGAAGUAAUAUUUGAAACACACACACUUUUGUAUUUUCUAAUUUUAGUAUUUUUAUACUCAAAGCGUUACUAAACUAUACAGGAAAGUGUGAGCUUGUCGUUUUUAUUCAUCGGCUUGUCAUAUUAUUUGUAGUUAUGAAAAUGAAUAAAGAAUUUCAACUGUAGCGCCUAAGUCGAUACGAUCACAGAUCUAUUUCCAUGGCAGAGUUAAAUGUAAGUGAUUAAUAACACCUAUUUUCUUAUUUAUUAGCAGUAGCUUAAGCACAUUUAGCGUAUUACGUUGCAUCUGUACAAAAUUGUUCACUAUUAUAAGCAAUAAUGUAAAAAAUCGAUGAUAACACAGUAUUUUCAUAUUCUAAACUGAAAUGUGAUAUUUUUUCUUAUCACAGCUAAAAGAAGUAUCCGUGUCCUUCGCUGCUUUCCAUUUCCUGAAUGGUGCUAAUGCUAAAUUAGUCGGCCCUAACAUAUUGUUAUUUUAAACAUUACAUUACGGUAAAAAUAUUAAAGUAAAACGAACUAUCUCGCGACUAUGUUUAUCAUAGACAAAAUAGACUGAGCAUUCGCUGUCCCGUUGUGAAGGACAAGUGAGAAAGAGACAAAGUGCGUGCGACUCAUUAUUAGCUGCGUUAUUUUCAUUAUUGAAAUGAUGUAUCUUGACCAUACUUUUGCUCAUUCUACUCUUUGUCUUGACAAAUUAACUAGCUUGACGUAAAAUUGUAUGACUUUGACGUUAAUACAACAGUCAUAUCUAAAAAAAAAAAUAACGUACACUUGAAAUUAAUAAUGAAUAAAAUAUAAUAUAUACAUGAAUUUAGUUCAACCAAUUUCUUGUAAAUCUGACAUGAUUUGUUUUAUUGCUAAUAAUUGCUAUGGGAGUGGGCAACAAUACAGAUUCAAAAUUAAUCCUUGCAAUACUUACUAUUAAAUAACUUUUGAGGGCUGACUUAAACUCUUAAUUUUGUUUUAAUUAUUUCUAAUUUUGCACACAAAGAUCCUACAUUUAAAUUAAAUUGACGUAUUCGUUCGUAACUAAUACCAUAGACAAAAAAAACAACUUGUGUAUGAUUAAAAAAAACACUGAAAUAUGAAGGCCGCUUUGAGAUUCUUAUACAGAGAUUAUAUCAAGAAUUUACAUCGACUGAUUAAUUCAAGGCUCCUUUGCGAAGUAAUUUUUUAUAUCUCAAAUAUCCAUAGAUAAUUCAAAUUCCAUAGAUAAUUCAAAUUUCAUAAGCAUAUGCAAAGGGGCCAAAAUCCUUCAAGUUUAAAAUAAAUAUAGCUUUAGGACCAUAUACCAAAGAGUUAUUGUACAUUAUGAGCGAAGGAUAGUUUUUAAGAGGGGCAUAUUUAAUUUUUAGCAUAGUUAGAAAUUGUGACCUGUGUAUUGUUAAUUAUUUUGACCAAUAUCCAUAAUUUUGAAAAAUGUAUGAUUAAAUUGUAUAAUAAAUUUAAUUAUAUUUGUUAAUACGACUGAUCACUUAAAUUUACCACACCAUGACUUUAUAGCUAAUUUCGUCGCCUCAUUAAAGUAUUAAAGAUAUGCUUUAAUCAAUUAAUCAUUUUCAUCGUCCUAGAAAUUGUAUAAAUCAAUGAAAAAUAGUGUCUUAUAACAUUCCAAGUAAUCAAACACUUUAAAUUUGGACACUUUUGUAUGAAAACGAUUAGAUUU